CCUGGCGCAGAGAGUGCGCACAGAGCCUGGGGGGGUGGGGACGGGAAGGACUUCAGGGGGCUGCCUUGGGAGGUGCUAACCCCCAGCUUCAGGCGGAGAGGGGUGGCUGGGCUGUUGCCUCGCGAGCGUGUCGCCCCUGCGGUCGCUGACGUGGGCUCCGCGGCUGUUGCCACGGGCUGUGGCUCUGGAGCACAAACGUGAGUGGGAGCCGGGCCAGCGUGUCGCACCAGCGGUGACGUGUGGGCCGUGUCAGGGCCCACGGACGGUGGGCUGUCGAGCGCAGGGCCAGCGUGUCGCACCAGCGGGGCGUUGGGCGCUCGAGGACAAACGGGAGGGGGACAGCGGGCAGUUUCGUUGUACUAGCAGCAAGGCGUCUCGCGUGGUGGCUCCCGUAGCACCCGGGCCGUCCAGCCCAAUCGUGAAGGGGCUCUCGAGCCAUUGUGUGACCCGUGGCCGCCGGGCCCGGCGCGAGGACGACUCGAGGCCUUGGAAGGAGGGAGCUAGAAAGCAACUCCCGUUGCCGCCGCGCUCGUGAGGACAAGUGUGAAAGUGAUCUCGGUGUGUGGGGCUGCGUGGCGGUGAGGCGUGAUAGAUGGCAGCGAGGACAGGUGUGAGGAGGAUGUCAGGCCGUCGUGUUCCCUCAGCGUGUGAUAGGCGUCCGCUUCCACGGGGCCUGAGUAACUUGGGCUCCCCCGCUCCUGAGCCACGGCCACUGCGGCUGCCUUUCCUUGAGACUGAGGCACCCGCAAGGCAUUCCUUGCUCACAAUGUAUAGAACAAAAGUAAGCUUGAAAGAUCGUCAACAACUUUACAAACUGAUUAUUAGUCAAUUGCUGUAUGAUGGAUACAUAAACAUUGCCAAUGGCCUGAUAAAUGAGAUAAAACCACAAUCAGUCUGCGCACCCUCUGAACAACUGCUGCAUCUGAUUAAACUAGGAAUGGAGAAUGAUGAUAGCGCUGUUCAAUAUGCAAUUGGACGCUCCGACACAGUAGCUCCAGGAACAGGGAUUGACUUAGAAUUUGAUGCAGAUGUCCAGACUAUGUCCCCCGAGGCUUCUGAAUAUGAGACCUGUUACGUCACAUCUCAUAAAGGACCAUGUCGCGUAGCUACAUACAGCAGAGACGGACAGUUAAUAGCUACGGGAUCUGCUGAUGCCUCAAUAAAAAUUCUUGAUACAGAGAGAAUGUUGGCAAAAAGUGCUAUGCCCAUCGAGGUCAUGAUGAAUGAGACAGCACAGCAGAAUAUGGAAAAUCAUCCUGUUAUUCGGACUCUAUAUGAUCAUGUGGAUGAGGUUACAUGUUUAGCUUUCCAUCCAACAGAACAGAUCCUGGCAUCUGGUUCAAGGGACUAUACGCUUAAAUUGUUCGACUAUUCAAAACCUUCUGCCAAAAGAGCCUUCAAGUAUAUCCAGGAAGCAGAAAUGUUACGCUCCAUCUCUUUUCAUCCUUCUGGCGACUUCAUACUUGUUGGUACCCAGCACCCUACCUUACGGCUUUAUGAUAUCAAUACAUUCCAGUGUUUUGUGUCUUGCAAUCCUCAAGAUCAACACACCGACGCUAUAUGUUCAGUAAACUAUAAUGCAAGUGCUAACAUGUAUGUGACAGGAAGCAAGGAUGGAUGCAUCAAAUUAUGGGAUGGUGUUUCAAAUCGAUGUAUCACUACUUUUGAGAAAGCACAUGAUGGGGCUGAAGUCUGUUCUGCCAUCUUUUCCAAAAAUUCAAAGUACAUCCUGUCAAGUGGAAAAGAUUCUGUAGCUAAACUAUGGGAGAUAUCCACAGGUCGAACGCUGGUCAAAUAUACAGGAGCUGGUUUGAGCGGACGACAAGUACACAGAACACAGGCAGUCUUUAACCACACAGAGGACUAUGUGUUACUUCCUGAUGAAAGGACCAUAAGUCUCUGCUGCUGGGACUCAAGAACUGCAGAACGGCGAAAUCUUCUGUCAUUGGGGCAUAACAGCAUUGUUCGGUGUAUUGUUCAUUCUCCUACCAAUCCUGGUUUCAUGACAUGCAGUGAUGACUACAGAGCUCGAUUUUGGUACCGAAGGUCAACCACAGACUAAAGACAGUUUUAUUAAACAGUGAUUACCUAGAUGAAUUGUACCAUCUUAUAUUAAGUGUACUGCCAACAGAUGCCUAAACAAGAGCCAUGCUGUGUCUGUAUUUAACUUUGUCAGACAUGGUGAAAAAAGAUGAAAGUACUGAGAAUUAGUUUUCCCUUACUCAUUGACCUUAUUAGUGUGUAUGGCAUCAAUUGUGUAAGUAGACUCAACUGUUAUUUUUGAAUACAAUUAAUCCUUCCUGCGGGGAUAGUUUUAAACUUGCUCUUACAUGUCUAAAUUUUCAAAAUGUUAGUAACAUAAGUGAAUCUUGUUCAAUCUGUGUAGAAUUUCUCCAUUACAUCUGUGCAAACCUAUUAAAGAAUUUUUUUUUCUUUUUUAAAGAAUGGAUUGCACAAAUUCUCAGCAGAACUUGGCCAGAUAUUUUAAUGAACCUUGUAUUUAAAGUUGUAUUUCAGUUUUGAUUCAGGCACGGUGCAGUGAAAGCUCUGGUUUUGUAUAUAUAUAUUUUUUUUUUUAAAUUGGCCAAGUGGCCCUCCAGCUCUGAGCCAGAAUUUUGUGCCAAAAGAAUUUGAACAUCCAUUUUUAAAAGGUUUAGAUGAAUUCAACAAAUAAUGUUUUAGUUCUGAUAUUAAAGCUCAGACUUGAAAUCUG